GUUUGACCUUCAAGUGCUCGCAACCCCCAUCAGUGGACGAUACCCUAGGAGCGUUGCCUUUUUACCUUGCCCACGAUUAACUAUGUAGUUUACUGGUUUUGUAGAAAGCAGGACGUAGUUAUUAAAGAAAAAUGACAUAUAAAAGCUUGGAAACUAUUUGGCAGCAUUGCCCAAUUACUGCUUUAUCCUAUAUUUCGAAAAGUUUGUUGGCUGUAGGCUCCGCGAACGUAUUGAACAUAUACAACAUACACAAAAAAUCAGUGCUGUGUAAAUAUUUGUUGAGGCGUUUCGUCAUAAUGCACAACAUAGAGACAAUACGAGAUUCCAGACGUAACAGUUAUAUCUUGUGCACUUUUGGAAAUAGAUUUGUCACUGUCCUCGGAUUCGAUCUGUCAUCUUCCAAUUUAUCGCUAAUAUUUGAAGAUUAUCAUUGUGAUAAUGUUGUAUACUGUAAAAUUAACUCAAAUGAAUUAUCACUUUACCUACAAACUCUUUCCAGUCAUGGUUUAUUCCAGGUCAUCAAAUUGUCAUGGGAUUUUAAUAAAAAUAGUAAUAACGUUGAUGUCACUUGUGUUCACCUUCAAACGAGUGCUUGGUGAGUGGUCGUAGCUUUCUUGGAACUAUUCUUAUGUUGAUAUUAGUUACACAGGUCAUAUAUUUCAGUACUCAUCUCCAACCUCUUCAUUAUUGUCUUCACCAGUUGAUAAAGCUUUAGUAUUUUGCGGAUCUACUUUUGGAAAUAUUCAUAUCUUUAAAAUCCCAAACGACAAUGUUACACAAUCUUCUGUGGCUCCGAGCUUAAGUCUGUGCGCACAAAAGGUAAGAUGGAUGAUGUAUACCGGAUUUUUUUACAGUUAAAUCCUCUAAAUUUCGUUGAACCUCACAAUUCUGUCACUAAUAAAAAGGGCGUGAUAUUUUCUCUCGAUUUCUGUUGUUUAGCUAGUGAACAGUCAUCGUCUAAAAAGUCAUUCCGUCUGGUCUCAUGUGCUGAAGAUCGUAGUAUCGCUGUUUGGUCGACUUCAGUCGAGUCAAAUGGAGGUGUGAAGGAUUUCAGCUUUUGGGAAUUAGUGUACAAUUUAAAGGCAGGCAGCAUUUUCGACGACAGUGUAAUAUUUGAAUCUAGGAUAUGGUGUGUUCGUGUCGGUGAUUGGGGAAUAGUAGCCACUGGAGAAGAUUGCCGUGUUGUUUAUUAUCAAUGGAACAAAAUAUCACACCCUAAUGUCUUGCGAAAUAUUCAUCGUGGACAAAAUGUUUGGUGUUGUAGUGUUUGGAGCGACAAUACAGAUAACUCGGAGUUUGUCUUAUUGGCAACUGGUGGGAAUGAUGGUGCCAUAUGUAUUCGCGAACUUACAAACUAUCGUAAUGAUUGUGAUGAAUCUGAAUGUAUAAUACUACCAUGCCAUGAAUUUACAACGAAUAACACUAAAGAGUUGAUGAUAGAUUCACAUGAAAUGAAGAUAACAUCUCCGCGUUCCCAGCAGGUCUCUUUCAACUUCAAAGAAAAAGAUUUUGCACGUGUUCUAUUUUUUGGUUCAUGUGGUCGUCUGUUCUACGUAACAAAUUUAGGGCUUAUCUAUACAUAUUUCUAUCUAAAUGACCCAAUCGUUCGACAAGUAUUUCCCAAGAUUCAUCGAAAUUUCGAAGAUGCAAACACUGAAUUUUCGGAAAAACCUAAUCGCUCUAUGGUCUCGUUUUUAGGCGGCUACUUGACGUGUUGUACAAGUCUGGAUCGAUCCCACGUGAUAAUCGGGAAUAUAUCUGGCUAUCUUUUACUGGUUAGGUUACUUGAAGAUUCACCUUUCAUGGAGUGGUUGGAUAUCAUUACUAUAAACGAUAAAAUCAUGAAAAUUAUAUGGAUCAAUUCAUCAUAUGUAAUAAUUGGACUAACAAACGGUAAUUCUUUCAUUAUACCUUUAUUAAAAGUUGAAAAUACUCUUUCAUUUGGUAAAAUAUUCACUAUUAUUCAAGGAUCAAAUAGUUCAAAAAAUAUGAAAUGGUUAAAUACAUCAUCUGAACUCAUUCCUAUUCAUUUUAAUAACACUGAAAUAAGUGAUAAACAAAUUCUUGUGACUGGUACUCGUGAUGGUGGAAUUUAUUCUUACGUUGUAAAUUUUUUAAUUGAAAGCACUAAAAUGUAUUCACCCGUAUGGUUUUUGAAAUCAUGUCAUAAUUCUGGUGGGUGUACAUCGAUGCUUGUGAUUAAAGGACAGUCAGAUUGUCAUCUCUUAUCGUGUGGUCGAACAUACGGUGAUGUUAAAUACUGGUCCAUUCAAUCAAAUGGUUCAUUAAAUCUGUUGGCAACAAUCUUAAGAUCUGAUCAUAUAACAUGGAUUGAGAAACUGUAUCGGUCAAUUGAUAACAAAAUUUAUGCUUUAGGGUUUCAAUCUAAGUAUUUCAAAGCUAUCUCACUAAAUCACAAGUGUUUACAAGCAGCUAACCAAUUGGAUUGGUCGUUUACCUGUCCAGUACGUCAGGAUGGUUGUUUCGUUGUCGAUUGUGGUGGUGGUAAUCAUUAUUGGGAUUGGUUUUUGCCCAAUGGUACUACUAUAAAGACAAAUAAACUGACUAAUUGUGAAAAUGGCAAUUAUAGUUACAAUGCUGGCAUUGUUGUUGAUAAUAGUGAAUCCAUCGAAAUGAAGAGCAGUUCAUUGUGUCCUGUCUUUGCAAGUAUUAAUAAAGGCAAAGUUGUAAUUCGGUCAGACCCACAUAAUUGUAUAUUAUCAUACAGAGCAAAUAAUUGUAAUUUCGAACCUAUUUAUUUAAAUCUGUCUCUUCAUGGUCAAACAAUUAACACUUGUUUAUUACUCAAUAAAAAUGACAUAUUCGGUGUUCAGAAUUAUCUUAAAGGUGAUUCAAAUGAUCAACACAUUGAAUUAUAUUGUUUCGCUGGAGGAGAAGAUACUUUGAUAUCGAGUUGGAAGAUAUCGUUGCCAAUGAUGAGCACUGAUCCAUGUAUAAAUGAACCGAUUUCCAGUUUCCCACAACAUCAUCGUGGUCAUAUAUCAAGUGUUCGUUGCGUAGAUAUACCUUAUAUCCUUAUUAAUAAUAUAAAUUCAACCCAGGAAACUGUUUCUAAACGUUACAUGCUGAGUGCUGGUGGUCGUGGGCAAAUUUGUUUAUGGCGUUUAGUAUCAUCAAAUGAACCUGCGCUAGUAGCAGGCUUCUUAGGUUCCACGAAAAUUCGACAUAAUGAAUACUGUCGGGUUGGCAAUGUUUCUGACGAUAAUGAUACUGUUCAGCAGGAUAAUGGUAGUGAUCACGAUGAUGAUUUGAAAACUGCUAAAUUUAAAAAUGUUAUUGUAUCAAGUGAUAUACGUGUAAUGGCUUUAGAUUGUGUUCAAGUUCCUAGACAAGAAGAUCAACUAGACGAUAAUAUACUAGUUAUUGCAGGUUGUUCAGAUGGAUAUGUACGAUUGAUUCAUGUUCAACCAUCGUCUGGAAGUAAUACGGAAUAUCCAAAAUUCUCAGAAAUCGAACGAAUCAAUCCAACGAUAUUACCAACUAACAAAUCAGACAAUCACAUCAGUUGUUGUUUAGAUUUAAAACUUUUGCAAAUCACUUCCUAUCAGAUUUCUUUUGCUAUUUCGAAUUCUCGUGGGGAAUUACAUGGAUGGAUUAUACCAUGGUGUCCUUUGAGAGGUUAUGGUUUUACUGAUAACCACCAAUGUACCAGUAAACCAUAUAUGUAUCACCAAGACAAGGAUAUUGACGGAAUAUUUGGUCUUCGUCUAGACUCUACCUACCAUUGGAUGCUGAACUGCCAACCAAUUCCACCAUUUCAUAUACAAAACCCAUUGGCUUUUAAUUGUAUAACUUCGCCAAUAAUAGAGGUUACUUUAUCUGACAGUAAUACAAUCUCAACGAUUAUUGUAGUUGGUGGGGAUGAUGGUAGUAUUCGUAUUGCACAGAUUCCUUUGGAUAUCUGUCAUUCGUCAAAAUCUAAUGUAACAUAUCCUCAGUGGUCCGCUUCGUGUGUAAAACAUUUCAGUAGUGUUGUGAAAAUUACCACAUGUCCUAAUUUCGAAUUGACCAACGAGUUUUUAUAUUACUUCUUAAGUUUAGCUUCGGAUCAACGAGUGAUUCUAUGGCGUCUAAAUAAAACUUCAUCAUGUGAUUUCCAAUUAAAUGCAACGAAAUAUUUUCUAUUAUGCGGUUUAGGUGAUCCUCAUAGUUUAUCUGUAACCAGUAUAAAUAUUCAAUCUUUAUGUAUUUAUACAAAAGAGUAUAAGAACAAAUGUUUUGUACUUGUUGUUGGUACUGGUGCUCAGUUGAUUCAAGUAUUUUAAAAUAAAAAUUUCAAAAAAUAUUGUACAUGAAGCUAUCAUUUUGCGCAUUAUAUAUUUUCAUAAAUGUUGAAUUUCUUUGUUUGUCCUGUCGUUUCACAAUUUAUCUUUUAUAUCUUC